AUGACGGAUAAGCUCCCUCCCAACCUGCUGGCGCUUUUCGCGCCGCGCCCUCCUCUUCGAUGGGUUGCGCCUCCCGACCAUGCGCCCGAGUCUCGACGAACCUUGCCGGUCUCGGGCGUCGCCGAGUUCCUCCCCGCGCUCCAGCAUUACAAGGAAACGGAUGAUUACAAGCCGACGGAGUCCUGGUUGCAGAUGCGCGACCGCAAGAAGCUUGAGAAGCAAGCUGCCGUCGAGAGCCUCAAGACAGAGGGGCCAAAGAACUUUAAACCGCACGAAGACCCGAACAUCCGUGGCGACGCCUUCAAGACGCUGAUCGUUGCGCGACUCUCGUACGAGGCCAACGAGCAGGACCUCGAGAGGGAGUUUGGUCGUUUCGGCCCCAUUGAGCGUAUUCGCAUCAUCACUGACACUCAUGCACAUGAGAAGCCCAGAAAGAAGAAGAAGCCCCACCGUGGCUAUGCCUUCGUUGUAUUUGAACGAGAGAAAGACAUGCGAGCUGCUCUAGAUGCCUGCGAUGGCAUUCGAAUUAAGGACCGACGUAUCAAGGUAGACGUUGAGCGAGGCCGUACCGUCAAGGGCUGGGUCCCCCGCAGAUUUGGCGGUGGUCUUGGCGGAAGAGGUUACACCAAGGCACUUCCAGCCAGGCCUAUGGGCGGCGGACCUGGUGGCAACUUUGGCGGCGGUGGCGGCUUCCGAGGAGGUUUCCGUGGCGGCUUCGAGGGAGGACGUGGUGGCCGCGGAGGCUUCAGAGGAGGAGGCUUCGGUGGCCGUGGAGGUUUCCGUGGUGGCGGCGACUUUGCCCCCCGUGGUGGCGAUCGCGGCCCAAACGGAUAUGGUGCACCCAGAGAUGCGCCAUCAGGGCCUGGUCGCGGAUUCGGAGGCGACCGUGGUGACCGAGGCGACCGCAGCUUUUCCGGCGGUGGGUAUGACCGUGGUGGUGGCCGCUCAUUUGACGACAGAUCUGGCGGCGCUGGCGACCGCGGCGACCGCGGCGGCGGUUACCGUGAUGGAGGUCGCUUCGGCGACCGUAGUGAUCGGGACCGCGACGGUGGCCGGAGAACUGGAAGCAACAUGGAGCCGAUCAGACCCAGAGGCGAAGGUGGGUAUCGCGGUGACCGAGGCGACAGAGAAGACCGGGAUCGCGGCGGCCGCGACAGAGACAGGGACUACGACCGACCUCGCGACGACGAUAGCAGGAAACGUGGCUACGAAGGCGGCGGCUACGAGGACCCCAGGAAGUUGCGCCGUUAUUGA